CUGGCUUCUAUUGUUGCUCUUGAGAAGUCUGCCAUCUAUUUCAUUGUUAUUCCUUUUACUUGCCUUCAAGGUGUGCAAGUAAGGACUUAUCUCCAAAAAAGGAUAUUUAUGGAACAGGAUUAUCUCAGUGGCAAAUGAGUGAUAGGCUUAAAAGCUGUGCUCCUGAGUUCAAUUCCAGAGAUUAUUUAGAAGUCAAAGGCAAGUUGGAGAAGCAGCAAGAAAAUCAGAAGGAAUAUUUUAUGCAGGGGAUGAUCACAUAUGACAAAAUGUCCAUUUUCGACCAGCAUACUUACUUAUCUCAACAUCCAAAAUGUCACUCUACUGAGAAACCCUAUAAAUGUAAGGAAUGUGGGAAAGCCUUUAGACGAGCUUCACAUCUAACCCAACAUCAGAGUAUUCAUACUGGUGAAAAACCCUAUGAAUGUAAGCAGUGUGGGAAGGCCUUUAGUCGUGACUCACAGCUCAGUCUUCAUCAGAGACUUCAUACUGGUGAGAAACCUUAUGCAUGCAAGGAAUGUGGGAAGGCAUUUACUCAAAGCUCACAACUUAUUUUACAUCAUAGAAUUCAUACUGGUGAAAAACCAUAUAAAUGUGAGGAAUGUGGAAAAGCCUUUAUUCGUAGCUCACAACUCACCCGACAUCAAAAAGUUCAUACUGGUGAGAAACCUUAUGAAUGUAAAGACUGUGGGAAGGCCUUUACUCAGAACUCACAGCUUACUCUGCACCAGAGACUUCACACUGGUGAGAAACUCUAUGAAUGUAAAGAAUGUAGAAAGGUCUUUACUCAGCUCUCACAACUGAUUUUGCAUAAGAGAAUUCAUACUGGUGAAAAACCCUAUGAAUGCAAGGAAUGUGGGAAAGCUUUUAUUUGUGGCUCACAGCUUUCUCAACAUCAGAAAAUUCAUAAUGGGGAAAAACCAUAUGAAUGUAAAGAAUGUGGAAAGGCUUUUAUUCGAGGCUCCCUACUUAUGCAACAUCAGAGGAUUCAUACUGGAGAAAAACCCUACAAAUGUGAAGAAUGUGGAAAGGCAUUUAUCCGUGGCUCACAACUUACUCAACACCAGAGAAUUCAUACCAAUGAAAAGCCCUAUGAAUGUAAGGAAUGUGGAAAGACCUUUAGUCAUGGCUCACAACUUACUCAACAUCAGCGAAUUCAUACUGGUGAAAAACCCUAUCAAUGUAAGGAAUGUGGAAAGGCCUUUAAUCGUGGUUCACUCCUUACUCGACAUCAGAGGAUUCACACUGGUGAAAAACCCUAUGAAUGUAAAGAAUGUGGAAAAACCUUUAGUCGUGGUUCAGAACUUACUCAACAUGAGAGAAUUCACACUGGUGAGAAACCCUAUGAAUGUAAGGAAUGUGGAAAGUCUUUUAUUCGUGGCUCUCAGCUUACUCAGCAUCAGAGAAUUCAUACUGGUGAGAAACCUUAUGAAUGUAAGGAAUGUAGAAUGGCCUUUACUCAGAGUUCACAUCUUUCUCAACAUCAGAGACUUCAUACUGGUGAGAAACCUUAUGUAUGUAAUGAAUGUGGGAAGGCCUUUGCUCGAGGCUUACUACUUAUACAGCAUCAGAGAAUUCAUACUGGCGAGAAACCGUAUCAGUGUAAAGAAUGUGGGAAGGCCUUUAUUCGUGGUUCACAACUUACUCAACAUCAACGCAUUCACACUGGAGAAAAACCCUACGAAUGCAAAGAGUGUGGGAAGGCCUUUAGUCAUGGCUCCCAACUUACUCUACAUCAGAGAAUCCAUACUGGUGAGAAGCCAUAUGAAUGCAAAGAAUGUAGAAAGGCCUUUACUCAGAGUUCUCAUCUUUCUCGACAUCAGAGAAUUCAUACUGGUGAAAAACCCUAUCAGUGUAAGGAAUGUGGAAAGGCUUUUACUCGUGGCUCACAACUAACACAACAUCAGAGAAUUCAUAACAGUGAAAAAUCUUUUGAGUAUAAAGAGUGUGGGAUAGAUUUUAGUAAUGGCUCACAAGUUUAUGUAUGAAUGAUCUGAUUCUUUGUUAUUUAGAGUUUUUGCUGGUCAUUUGUCCAUUAUCUGCAAAGAAUUCUUACAGAUGUGAAUAUGAGAGUACAUUUGCCUCAUACAGCUCAGCAUGUAGAAUUUUUAUGGGGGGAAGAAAAUAUUUAUGUAAAUUCGUAUUUUAAAAAGCUGUCAUUACUGGAAACAUGUUAAAAUUUAGCAAAUUAAAACAAAAAAUAAUUUUGUUGACAUAUUAAAUGUAGGAAAGCCAUUAGACAUUUUUACAUUAUCUUGAUUCUAUCAGUUGAUUUCCUUCAUUACAUAUAUUAUGAUAAUUAACCUUUGCUUUGGUUUAAUCAUUUGUAAUCUAUACCAAAGAAUAAUACCAUUCUUACAAGGUUUCUGAAAGUAUUAUGUGAGUUGUUGCAUGUAAAAGCUUUUGAACAAGUCCAGUGUGAUAGUGUGCACUGGACACUACUGCUUGGUGGGCUAAGGCCACAUGAGAGAUGUGGGUUCUAUUCCCAGCUCAUCCUAAAAUGUGUGGUUGAACAUGCCUGUAGUCCCAGUUCCUUGGGAGACUGAGGUGGGAGGAUCGAAGUCUUAUACUCAGCGUGCACAGUAGUUAGACCCCAUUUGAAAGAGCUAGAUAUGAUGGCAUGUGCCUGUGAUCCCAGGUAUUGAGGAGGCUGAGGCAGGAGGAUCAAGACAUAGACUAGGUAUUAAUAAAAAACAAACAAAACAAAACAAAACAAAACCUACCACUUUCCCACAAAGCUCUGAGGAUAGUCCCUUGAACAUAGGAUAUCAUAAAUACUUGCCAUUUUCAUUUUGUGUUAUUUUAGAGAAUUUGCAUGAGAGGAGAGACCUUAAGAGUGUAAUGAAUAUAAGGAACCAUUCAUUAACACCACAUGAUGGGUGAGGCCACUGUAUGUUGUAAUGAAUGUGAGAAAGCUUUCAUUCAAAUCUUAUCUCUUAAGCUAUAAGGAAAUUCAUACUGUAAAGAAACCAUGUGACUAUGAUCAG